UCGAGUGACGAUACUAGAGCGUUACUAGAGGUCAGCCAUGUUUGUAUUUCUUCACGACGAAGAGUUGGAAAAAUGUCAGAGGGAAAUGUGUAAUGAAUUCAAUGUCUGAGUUGAGUUAUCAGGCCAUCCGCACGGCUAAUCAGGCCAGGGAAGCGGAUGAACUGAGAACUGACACAAGGAAGAAAAACUUACUAAUCCUGGUAUUAAAUUAUUUACAUGAAGAAGGGUAUGUGGACUCUGCCCAGUCUCUAGCGAAGGAAACCAACAUUGACUUGAGUAAAUAUGAAGUGUGUGACAACAUUGACUUGGAGACCAUCCUUAUGGAAUACGAGUCGUACUAUUACGUCAAGUUCUCCAAGUAUCCUAAAAUUACCAAGAAGCUAGGACCACAAAGUGCUGGAGACAGAAGAGGAGGCUCUCACAAGGUCGUGUCAAGGACAAAUAGUUUGACAAGACGAGUGAGAUCAGGUUCUCAAUCGGCUCAUCAACACAGCGGGUAUGUAACUGAACACCAGGUGGAGACACUUGUAAUAGAGCCAGCCAUAUU